CUGCCUCUGGCUCUGAAUUCUCCAACAGUAGAAGAAGAGUGACACCGGAUUUCAAUUUAUGUGGGCUGAUGAGUUCUUGGGCUUAUUGGUCAUGUUAAAUCUACUGAAUUGUUAAGUCUAUCACAUUUAGGAAUUGUUAAAGAGUAAAGAGUUUGUGUAGCGGUGGCACUGUUUAAUGGGAUUUUGAAGAUCAUGUUGUCCACAUAGUGAGGGAAGCAGAGUAACGUUAGCAUCAUGGAGCUUUCUUCAGAGGAGGGGGAAACUCAAACUCCCCAUGUCAUCGAUAUGACCACCAGUGAAAAGGUGGUGGAUCUUCUGAACCAGGCGGCCCUGAUACCCACAGAUGAAAAGCUAACAGUGCUCAAACAGGUCCAGGAGCUCAUUAUUAAUAAGGAUCCCUCUCUUCUUGACAAUUUCUUGGAUGAGAUAAUCGCCUUUCAGACUGACAAGUCUAUCGAAGUGAGAAAGUUUGUCAUUGGUUUCAUAGAGGAGGCAUGUAAACGGGAUAAUGAGCUCCUUCUUAGACUCAUCGCCAAUCUGAACAUGUUGCUGAGGGAUGAAAGUGUGAACGUGGUGAAGAAAGCCAUCCUCACUCUCACCCAGCUGUACAAAGUUACUCUGCAGUGGUUGGUGCGCUCUAAAGCAGUAUCAGAGAGGCAGGAGGCAUGCUGGGAUCUGGUCACACAGAUGAAAGGGGAUGUUCUUGCCUUGCUGGACUCUGAGAAUGACGGCGUUCGCACUCACGCCAUCAAGUUCACAGAAUCUUUAAUCAUCACUCUGUCAGCGCGGACGUCAGACUCUGACGUCCCCAAGCGGCAGGAGGGUGACAUCAGCCUGGACAAAGUUCCCAAAGAUCACUUAUACAUUCGCUACGAUGUUUUGUGUGAAGAGGGUAAGACUGCACUGGAGAAGCUGCUGAAGUUCAUGGUCCACCCUGCCAUUUCCAGCAUUAACCUCACCACAGCACUUGGCUCUUUGGCCACUAUCGCCCGUCAGAGGCCAAUGUUCAUGUCAGAGGUGGUGCAGGCAUAUGAGACAUUGCAUGCAAACCUGCCACCCACUCUGGCCAAGUCUCAGGUCAGCAGCGUACGAAAGAAUCUGAAGCUGCACUUGGUGGCGGUCCUCAAGCAUCCCUGCAGCCUGGAGUUCCAGGGUCAAAUUAGCACUCUGCUGCUGGACCUGGGGAUGCCUCAGAGUGAAAUAACCCGCACUACACCUGCACUGCGUGAGCAGCGCAAAAGGCCUCGCCAUGAACAAUACACAGAGGGGAAAAAGGUCAAGAUGGAGCCAACCCUAAUUGAAGAUGACGAGGACAAGGAGGAGCCGGCCCCUCUCUCGGUCCCUAAACCAGCUGCUGUUCCAGUAGCACAGUCUGCCAUUGACCUCACAGCUGAGUUCCUGCACCCACUGCUCAACCCGGAGAACGUAGCCAACUUGGUGCUCAUCAGCAUGGUGUAUCUGCCCGAUGUCAUGCCAGCAUCCUUCCAGGCCACAUACACACCUGUUGAGUCAGCGGGCACUGAAGCCCAAAUUAAACAUCUGGCCAGGCUGAUGGCCACGCAGAUGACUGCAGCUGGGAUUGGUCCAGGACUCGAGCAGUGCAAAGCCAGAGAAGACGAUGCAUGCAAAGACGAAGGCAACGAGGAGGACCCUGGGGCUAAAGACCUGCUCAUCAAGCGCAAAGUUCCGGCUGUGAUGUUGGGACAGGCGAUCUCUGUGGUGGGAGGUUACACAGAAAAGGUUCCAACCCCAGAGGCGCCUACCGCAGUCAAGAGGCUUCCUGAACCCAUCCUUCCUACGGCACAAACCAAAAUGGCAGGGGCGAGUGGGAGAAAAAAAGUAUUUCGAUUGGCAGAUGUCGUCCAGACUUUAUCAGACGCCCAGAUUGAGAAGUUAACCUCCAAAGCAGUUAAACGCAUCCUGCAUUCAGAGAAGGCGAUUGCUCAAAGUGGGAUGUCCCAUGUCAGAGUGAAGCUCCUCUCGAGGCUCGUGACGCAAUUUGAGGGGAUGAUGAAAGAAGACGUGCUGGAAUUUAUCCUGGAUGACAUCAGGACAAGGAGUGACCUGGCCUUUUCUCUCCUCUACCAAGAGUACAACACUUACCUCAGCCAGCUGCCAUCUGGGCUGCUGGACAGCUACGACCACUGUCUCUUCACUCUGCUGUCGGGCCUGCAGGAGAAACCCGAGCAGAGGGAUGGACUUUUCACCAAACUGGUACUGGAGGCUCCCAUCAUAACAGAAUCAGCGCUGGAAGUAAUACGACGCUACUGUGAGGACGAGUCUCGGGUUUAUUUGGGCAUGACGACUCUGAAGGAGCUCAUCAUCAAACGGCCCUCAAGGCAGUUUCAGUAUCUGCACGUGCUUCUGGAUCUCAGCUCACAUGAAAAGGAGAAGGUGCGGACGACGGCCUUGGCUUUUCUGAAGCGUAUGUAUGAUAAAGACCAGCUCAGGGACUACAUCGAGAAGUUUGCCCUGAACUACAUGCAGCUUCUGGUCCACCCCAACCCUCCAUCUCUGCUCUUUGGGGCUGACAAAGACACAGAGGUGGCCGCCCCCUGGACUGAAGAGACUGUGCGACAGUGUCUGUUCCUCUACCUGUCCCUGCUGCCUCUAAACCAUCGGCUGGUCCACGAGCUGGCCUCUGUGUACACCGAGGCCAUCGCUGACAUCAAGCGCAGUGUGCUUCGAGCAAUAGAGCAGCCUAUCCGUGGAAUGGGGAUGAACUCUCCUGAGCUGCUGCUCUUGGUUGAAAACUGUCCUAAAGGGGCGGAGACUUUAGUUACUCGCUGUCUGCACAUUUUGACAGAUAAAGUGCCUCCAUCCCCUGAGCUGGUGGAGAGAGUGCGAGACCUUUACCACAAACGAGUGCCAGAUGUUCGUUUCCUUAUUCCAGUCAUUAAUGGACUAGAAAAGAAUGAAGUCAUCCAGGCUCUGCCCAAGCUGAUCAAACUCAACCCGAUUGUAGUGAAGGAGGUGUUCAACCGUCUCUUGGGUACUCAGCACAGUGAGGGAAGUUCAACGGUGUCGCCUCUCACCCCAGGAGACCUGCUGAUUGCCUUACACAACAUUGACUCGACCAAAUGUGAUAUGAAGUCUAUCAUCAAAGCUACCAACCUGUGCUUUGCGGAGAGGAAUGUGUACACGUCGGAGGUUCUGGCGGUGGUGAUGCAGCAGCUAAUGGAGCAGAAUCCCCUCCCCAUGCUGCUCAUGCGUACCGUCAUCCAGUCUCUCACCAUGAAUCCCAGACUGGGAGGCUUUGUUAUGAACAUCCUGUCCCGCCUCAUUGUUAAGCAGGUGUGGAAGUAUCCCAAGGUGUGGGAAGGAUUUGUGAAGUGCUGCCAGAGGACGAAGCCGCAGUCGUACAGCGUGCUCCUCCAGCUGCCGCCCGCACAACUGACGAGCGUGUUUGAACGCUGUCCGGAGAUGAGAGAGCCUCUUCUACAGCAUGUCCACUCCUUCACAACUCAUCAGCAAGCUCACAUAUCUGCCUCCAUCAUGUCGGUCCUGGAAGCAAAUAAAAAACCAGAGCCAAAACCUGUGGAGCCUGUCGUGGAGAAAGAGAUAGAACCAGUUCCUGCCCCACUUGAAGAAGAGGCUCCCACUGUGGCUCUGAAAGAGCCCGAGGCGCCAGUCCAACAGCACCCAGCUGUCGCGAAAGAUGAGGAAGAACCAAUGGAGCAAGAAGAGUCUCAUCCAGUGAUACAGGAGGAAACUGACACUGUUACCCAGGUGGAGUUGGCAAGAGCAGACGAGACCCCCUCACCUCAACCAGAGCCAGCUGAGGAACUGAUGGAGGCAUCUCAGCCUGAACCUGCAGACCCCCAGGACCCAGUACAAGAUGCUGAAGCUGAGGUCACAGGACCCGAGGCCGGAAGCAGCAGCGAUGAUGUAGAAUGACCGCUCAAAACAAAUGCACUCAAAAUAGACAACCCACAUAUUUUUCAGGAUUUCUUGUCAAGAAAUAUCUCUGUCCUUUUUGUAUUUGUAGAAAACAGAUUUUGAGGGGGGAGGGGGGGAUCCAGGUAACUCGGUGUAUGAAAGUAUGCGUUUGUCAUGAUGAGUUGGCAAAUAAAUCAACAAAACACUG